AUGUUCAGUGGUUUUCCAGAAGCUUUCGCAGCUCCUGAUAAAAGUACAAAUACAGUAAUAGACUUACUUUUGAAUGAGAUAUAUCCUAGAUAUGGAUGUCCUCUCCAGAUAAUUCAUGACCGAGGGUCAGAAUUUACGAGUUCUGCCUUUAGGGAGGUCCUGAAAGAGUUAAAUAUUGACAAUGUAUCAUGUACAGCAUACCACCCUGAAAGUAAUGCAAAGCAAGAACGAAUGCACAGAGUUCUGCAUGAUAUUUUAGCUAAAAGAGUUCAAGGUAAUACACGUGAAUGGGACCUCCAUCUUAAUAUGUCUUUAGCAGGCAUACGUUACAAUGUUUCUUCAAGUUCAAAGUUCACACCUUUCUAUUUAGUUUACAACAGAGACCCGAUUUUACCUAUUGAUAAUUUGCUAAAGCCUAGAGCUAAAUACCAUGGCGAAGAGUUUCACAAGAUAGUUCUUCAAGAACAACAUUCAAGUUUCCUUACAGCUUAUAGACAUUUAAAACGCUCAAAACGAAAGCAUAAGGCACAAGUAGACAAAAAAGCAAAAGACAUUAAGUUCGAAAUAAAUGAUCCUGUCUAUUAUAAGAACUAUCAAAGAAAAAACAAGCUUGAAGAUCGCUGGAAAUCGCAUUACAGAAUUCUUGAACAAAAAGGUCCAGUUACAUACCUUAUUAAGAACCAGCUUGACAACUCUGUUGUUCAAGUACAUGCAGAUCAGAUAAGGCUUGCUGACAUUGCUGAAUGGCCCGAACGCAAAGCUGUCAAAGGUUAUCCAAGACGAAGGGUUAACUAUGUAAUACCUCCAGAUGAUUCUAGCUCAAGCAGUAAUGAUGAAUCUGAUGUUUCUGAUACUGAAAUAUCAAACAAAAUCAGAAAAGUUAAAAUGCCUAAGAGCACAAAUAGGGUCCGUCAAGAACGUGAAAAUUCUUCCUCAGAAGAUAACAUUCCUUUAGCUCAGUUAAGAAAACAUUUAAGAGAACAGAGUAGGGAACAAAAUGACACAGAAACUGAACAAAAAGCAAGCAAUACUGGCGAAAGUUCAGCUAGUAUGGGUAACAAUACAGAAGAAAACAAUUACCUUGAUAAUGAAUCCCGCAUGGAAUCAGGUGCUUCGCAUUCUGAUCAGUCCAUAGAGACGGAUGACAUGGAUACACAGUCUUUGUCAAACGAGUCUGAAAAUAAUCAAA